AUGCAGAAGGGGGCCAUGAGCCACCAACAGCGUCCAGGGGAAUCAGUGCGGGCCUUCUCCCUCCGGUGUCGAGAGCUCUUCCAGCGGCUGAAAGACCGAGACCCUGAUGUCUUCUCUGAGGCCGGGCAGGUGCUAAGAGAUCAAUUUACCAUGGGCCUACAGGAUACCGAACUUCGUAGAGAAUUGAACCGCAUGAUUCGUAGGAAUGAGAUGAAGGAGAUGCAGAGAGCCCUGCGGGAAGAACUUCAAUCGUCCAGCAGCCAUUCCCGAGACCCUGCUUUGCAAACACGACGUUAUCCCCAAACCACCUCUGGUCGGACCAGGGAUCCCCAGCGUGGGGUGGUGGUGGUUAAGGAUAAGCAGGGCAACCAACAGUUUGAACCAAUACUGGGUAUGAACAUUAUUGAGUGUUGUUGGAAAGAACUGUUUAAAAAUCCAAAUGCUAAAUUGUCUUUUCUGUCUGAGCAAGAAAAACAGAACUCUAGAACAGCCUGGGAAGGAGCCCUCCAGAUAUGUGAUCGAGUGGCGGUGGUCCAGAAGGAGACUUCCGGUUUUGCCCGCCUGGGGUCCAGGCACCCGGUAUCAGUGCCUCCACAAACCCAGGUUCAUGUGAUGGCAAAAGUUCCAGCUAUGUUUCGCCAACAAACAGUUUGUAUAGUAGAGCCUAUUAAACAACAAGGCUCUAUUAUGGUGGCACAUAGUGUUGGGGUAGUACAACAAGGGAGGAUCCCUUUGCGGGUGUAUAAUCUGAAUUCAUUCCCAGUUACAUUGCAGAAAUAUCAGAGAUUGGCGACUGUGACGUCCAUUUCCCCGGAAGACGUGAGGAGCGAUAACCACCUGACGUUGGAGGAAGUGAGCCCGGGAAUAAUGGAAGUACGCAUUGGACAUGUGAGUACCCUUGACCCCCCACCCCUGCAGGAGGUUUUGCAAGGCCUGGUCCAGCAGGGCGUGGAACUGACCCCUGAACAACGGGGACUGGUGGAACAUUCUUUACGGCAAUGGCAAGAUGUGUUCUCAUUAGGUGAGGAUGAUCAUGGACAUACAAAUGUGGUUCGCCACACAAUCCUCACAGGAGAUGCAGCACCUGUCCGCGAACGAUAUCGUCCUGUUCCACCCACACUGUAUAAGGAAAUGCAGUCCCUCCUUAAAGGUAUGUUGAAUACAGGGGUGAUACGGGAAAGCAGUAGCCCAUGGGCAGCGCCUGUGGUUUUAGUUCAAAAGAAAGAGGGGAGUCUUCGCUUUUGUGUGGAUUAUCGAAAAUUAAACUCAGUUACCCAUAAAGACGCUUACCCCCUCCCCAGAAUUGAGGAGGCCCUGACCAAUUUAAAAAAGGCACAGUGGUAUUCAACGUUGGACUUAGCUGCGGGAUAUUGGCAAGUGGAAGUGGAUGAGCAGGAUAAAGAGAAAACAGCAUUUGCCACACCCAUGGGGCUUUAUGAAUUUCAGAGGAUGCCUUUCGGUCUGUGUAAUGGUCCUGCCACAUUUCAAAGACUUAUGCACAGGUGCUUAGGGGAUUUGAACUUAGAUACUGUACUAAUUUAUCUUGAUGAUGUAAUUGUGUACUCGCCCACAUUUGAAGCCCACGUGCAGCAUCUGGAGGAAGUGUUCCAAAGGAUGAGGUCUUUUGGAUUAAAGUUGAAACCAGAAAAAUGUGCACUCUUCCAAAAGCAGGUUAGAUUCCUGGGACACCUAGUGAAUGCAGAGGGUGUGCGGCCAGACCCGGAGAAGACAUCUGCCGUACAACAGUGGAAAACCCCCUCUACUGUCCAUCAAAUCACCAGCCGCUGCUCCAUUUGAAGACUGCGCGUCUUAGAGCUGUGGAACAACGAUGGAUUUCUC